CGACCUUUAUUGAGAUGAUGAAGAAAAAGUGGUGUCGGGGUCAGGUUGCAACAUUUAUUUCCUAAAGUACAUUUUUAGGGUGUAUGCACCAAUUUUAAGGUCUACAGUAUUUUUUAUAAGUGGCUAAUAAAAUUGAAGAUAUCUAAAAAUUUGAAUUGUUCCAGUCGUUGUUCAGUAUGUAUGCAAAAAUGUUCAGUGGCCUAGAUGUACGUUUUCUCUUAACAUCAUUUGCCUCAUAUGUCUGUCAGGUAGGAAAUGGAGGGGCACAUCAAUGCCUUGGCUAUGAUGUGUAGGAUCUGCGGCCAGAUCAUCACCUCAGCCAAAAACAAGUCAAGCUCAGCAAAGUACAAGACACAGCUCCUUGCUGUGUACAACCUCAAUUUAGAUGAGGAGCAGGGCGGCAUCCAUCCACCAUCUGUGUGCAACAAAUGCAGGCAACAGGUGCAACGUGCACAUAGUUCAAUGGAGCAAGGCAAGCAGUAUCAGGGCAAACUUCCGCAGAUCCAGAAUUUCUCUGCUCAUGAUGCUGCUUGCUGGGUGUGCAGUGCUUGUACUGCUCAUGUGGCACAACUCCGCCCUCAGUUCGCAGCACACCAGUCCUCAUCUAGCGACCAACCAGACCAACCAGAAUCCCAACCGUCAACCAGCGCACAAGACCCAGCAUCUUCUCAGCCAAGCCUGUCAACUGCCACUAGGACCCUUUUUCGGGAUACAGCUCCGGACCCCGGCAUGGCAUCACACGGAAAGAAACGUGUAUGGGCCAGCUUGAAUCAUGUCAGGCGGGAUUAUGCCCAUAAGCGGACCAAAGAGGCAUCUGUCUUCAUCAGCGACUUUUGCGAGAGGCAGAAAGAGGACAAGCUUGACCUCCUCUACUUCUUGCUUUGCGACAAUCCAAACGAAUGUGGUGACUCCAGGUAUAAAGAGGUUUUGGCAUCCUGGAGCAAGGAAAGCGUGUAG